CAUUUCCAUCAAAACUUCCCACUCUCCACAAGUUUCGCCUCCUCGGUAUCGCCAGUUCAAAUCAGAUGGGUCAAUUUGAUUUGUUGGAAUAUUGUCAGUGUUACAAGGAAAGGAAGGCAAACCAAUCACAUGGCUUUCAACUGAAAAUCGCUGUUGACAGUGAAAUUUCUGAAAUGUGGCACAAAUACAGGUUUAUUAAAUUUGUGGAUGUUCCACCAUUUUUGCAAGAAGUUGAAAAUUACUCUGGCGUCUGUGCAAGCAUUUCAAAGAACUCCUUAAAGACAACAAGAGGAGAACAGGCAUUGCAGAAAUAUCGACAAUUUGCUCAACUAAAAUGGAGCAUUGAAUUGGAGUUUGAUCACAGCAUCAUAAUAUGGCAUCUUGCCACGAGUGUUUGUUACUUACUAGAUGAGGAUCAUGAUAAUGAAACCAUGAAAAUUAGUAAACAUGUAUCAAAUUACAUGAUGUAUCUACUGGCCAUGUGUCCUGCCUUGCUAUUGUCCGAGCAUAGUAAGAGUUUUUGGCUUGAUCAUGCUUAUGACAACCUCGAAAAACUUGCGUCUCCUGCAAUUGAUAUAAGAAAUGUUGCUUCCACAUUACAUUCCAGUUCAGAUAAUGUUCAGCUUGAAUCUAGGGAGAGAACUUUUGAAAAUCUAAAAGGAGAUGUGUUGGAACUAGCCACAAUUUUAAGGGAAUCAGAUAAUAAAUGGGAGAUGAUUAAGGAUGUCUGGAUAGAGAUGUUUUGCCAUGCAGCAUUUUCAAGUCAGCAUAUUAAUCAUGUUAAGCAGCUAGGGGAAGGUAUUGAAUUCCUCUCACUCAUCUGGCUUUUCAUAUUCACUUUCAUUAUCGAUACUGUCUUUAAAAUGUAGUGUGACCAACAUCUGCAAGCUUGGUGGCCUUAUGUCACAUGUUUGAAUUACAUAUUUCAAGAAGUGACAACGCAAUUUAUGUUCCUUCUCUAAAUAAAUUUGUAUGUGCUAUUUUUUUGUAAACUUUGAUUUGUAUAAAUUAAACUCUUGAAU